AUGCCGGAGGGUCAGUCAGUUCUGUCGGAUGAUGGGCGAAAUGUCCAUUUUUUCGAUAGUUCAACGGAUGAUAUGCUGGGUGGGGUGUUUCAAAAUGGCUCAAUUACCGAAGCAAACUUCAUCGACAUGCUCAACAUCGUCUUGGUGAUUGAACCACAAUCCCCUGUUGCACCGCGAUCACUUACCGUCAGAGCGAGGUCCGGGCAAACCAUCUCACGAACCAGUCAACCAUUGACACCUGGAGAUUAUGAUAUCCAUGUUUCUGAUGGCCACUCUAUGAAGCUCAGUGAUGAGCCGUUCGUGCGCCGACUCCUUUCCUACAGUAUUAGUGGUCGUGAGUUGGAUUUUAAGAAUGGAGUGCGGGCCAGGGAUGGAAAGUGCGUCUUCACUGGGAUUGUCAAUCCUCGCGCUCAUCUAAACAAAUGGGCGAGCUGGGAGGCCGCCCAUAUUUUUCCUCUCGAGAAGGAAGGCCUUUGGAUUGCGAAUAAUUUUAGUCGAUGGAUUACGAAUGCGGACUCGGGAGGUCACUCAGCACCUAUUCACUCUAUUCAAAAUGGGUUUCUCCUUAAGGCAGGCAUACAUCAAUUGUUUGAUGACUACUCGAUUUCGGUGAAUCCAGAUGACAACUAUAAGAUCACUUCCUUUAUUCCCGAUGCCGAUGGGGUAGAUGGACGAAUCCUUGACCUUGUGUGUCGAGACCCCGCCGACCCGAACCGCGUCUCCGAUAACCUCCUUCGCUGGCAUUUCCGACAGAGCGUUCUCGGAAACAUGAGGGGUGCUGGAGAGCCUUCGUUUGAGCAUGACUUCCCACCUGGCUCAGACAUGCUUAAGGAGAUAUACGAGGGGCCGUUUCCAGUUGAACGGUUUGAAAUGGAACUUUCGUCUAGACUAAGGGGACGGGAACGAGGUCAGGGCUUGGUUUAG